CCUGGUAUCAGGCUUCAUUUACAGUUAGCGCGAUCAAUCCAUCGUCCAUACAGAACCGUGUGCUUCGUCGUCGUCUUCGCGAGGGUUUCGUCCGGCUUCUUCGUGUAAUCUUCGAGUAAUACCCAGUUAUCCUCGAUCGCAAAUAUGUUCGCAAAAACCGGUGUAUUGUUGGUGUUGUCGAUAGGCGCCAUUGCCUUUGCUCAGCCUUUGGCCAGUGAGACGAAUUCCGUCGUUGCUGAUACCACCACGAAGGAAACCUCCAUUUGGAAAGAUACGCCGAUGGAUACGGUUGUACAAGAAUUCAAAGCUGAAUGUCUUCAACAGUCUGAUAGCGCUGCCUGCAUCAAAGUUAAAGUUUUAAAUUUAUUGGACGACGUGUUACGCAAAGAUUCGUACAAAGUUAACGAUGGCGUAUCCAUAGUUCCUAAUGAAAACCAAGUUAAAGAAAAAACAUCCGCAAGAAGUUCCGAAACCGGUUUCCUCGACCAAUUGGAAAACUACGUCAAAGGACAUGACUUGAUCGUCAAAACUCCAGCUGGUUUCUUGCAAGGAGCCACUUUUAAACUAUCGCCCAGAAAUUUAGACGACAACGAAAUCAACAUGAGUGUAAAAUUGCCAUCCGAAGACGACAACGAAACGUUCACCGAAAGAGGACGCAAAAGCAAAUUGAAGAAAAUUUUGGUACCCAUCUUGGUGUUCGUGCUAUUGAAAGCCAUGACCUUAAUUCCUCUGGCCAUAGGAGUACUCGGUUUGAAGGCUUGGAACGCGUUGCAAUUAUCUUUCAUCUCCUUCUUGGUGUCCAUUUCUUUAGCCAUUUUUCAAUUAUGUAAAAAAGUAGCCGCCGACUCGGGAUCACAAAUCGCCGCUCAUAUCCCAUUCGAAACUAGUCAUUACGCAGCUGCCAGAAAUUUCGUCGUUGAUCAACAACGCAACGUUGCCGAAAUCAACGAUCCGCAAAGCAUCGCUUACAGAGCUUACGCUCAAGCUCAAUCGUCAUAAAUGAGAGGUCUUUUUUACCUAUACAUGACUUAAAAUAGUAACGAGAUUUUUGUUCCAAUUUUUUUUUACAUUUUUUUGUUCGACUUUUUUUAACCUUUUUUUUGAGCUUUUGAGCUUGUACCAAUACUUUCAUAAAUGUAGUAUUUUUAUUUAUUCGCACGAGCUUUUUUUCUUUUCUUUUUUUUUUUUUGCUUUAUGAACUUUCAGUUGUUAUUUAUUUCAAAUGUAUGUACAUUUUUGUAUAAUAAACGUAGAUGAAUCGUU